UCCUCUGCUGAGGAGAACAGUUUUCUUUGCCCUGGCAAGUGGGCUACCUUCCCCAGGAACAUGGCAGAGCAAGAGAGUCUAGAGUAUGGAAAAGCUGACUUUGUUCUCCUGGACCAGGUCACUAUGGAGGACUUCCUGGAGAAUCUGAAGCUGAGGUUUGAGAAGGGGCGCAUCUACACAUACAUUGGGGAAGUUGUGGUCUCCAUGAAUCCAUACAAACAACUGGAGCUUUAUGGGAAGGAUGUGAUUGAGCAUUAUCGGGGUCGAGAGUUGUACGAGAGGCCACCUCAUCUCUAUGCAGUGGCUGAUGCAGCGUACAAAGCCAUGAAGCGCCGGGCCAUGGACACCUGCAUCGUCAUCUCAGGAGAAAGUGGGGCUGGAAAGACGGAGGCCAGCAAGUACAUCAUGCAGUAUAUUGCUGCAAUCACAAAUCCCAGCCAGAGGGCUGAAGUGGAAAAGGUAAAAAACAUCUUGCUGAAAUCCAACCGUGUCCUGGAGGCCUUUGGCAACGCCAAGACCAGCCGCAACGACAACUCCAGCCGGUUUGGCAAGUACAUGGACAUCAAUUUUGACUUCAAAGGAGAUCCCACCGGAGGACACAUCAGCAACUACUUGUUAGAAAAGUCGCGCAUCCUCAAGCAACAACCAGGUGAGAGGAACUUCCAUGCCUUCUAUCAGUUACUUCUUGGUGCCUCGGACGCUAAGCUGGAAUCUCUCCACCUUGUUGGAGAUCCAACGGCCUACAGGUUUACCAAGGAGGGUGCCAAUAAUAACAGGUCUUCAGACAGUGAGAAAACCAACUAUCAAGCUGUGGUGGAUGCCAUGAGAGUGAUCGGUUUUACUUCCGAAGAGGUUGAUUCUGUGCAGAAGAUCCUGGCAGCCAUUUUACACCUGGGCAACGUGGAGUUCAUCUCCCCCGGGGACGAGGUGGACGUAGGGAACCCCCAGCUGGUUUCCUACCUUGCGGAAUUGACUUCCACGGAGCCUGAGAGCCUCCUUAACACACUCCUGUAUCGCACGGUGGCUGCCGGGGGUGGGGAGGUAAUCCAGAAAGGCCACAGCUGUGAUGAGGCCAACUACGCCCGGGAUGCCUGCGCCAAGGCUAUUUACGAGAGGCUUUUUGGCUGGAUCGUGGCCCGCAUCAACACAGUCAUUGAGGUCAAGAACUACAACGCCCGAAUCCACGGCAAGAAUACCGUCAUUGGCGUCUUGGACAUUUACGGCUUCGAGAUCUUCGAGAACAACAGCUUCGAGCAGUUCUGCAUCAACUAUUGCAAUGAAAAGCUGCAGCAGCUGUUCAUCGAGCUGAUCCUGCAGCAGGAGCAGGCGGAAUACCAGCGCGAGGGAAUCGAAUGGCAGCACAUUGAAUAUUUCAACAAUCAAAUCAUUGUUGAUCUGGUGGAAGAGCCCCAUAAGGGCAUCAUUGCCAUCCUGGAUGAAGCUUGCUUGACUGUGGGGAAAAUCACCGAUGCCCUUUUCCUGGAGAGCAUGGAUGCCAGGCUUGGCAAGCACCCCCAUUACACCAGCAGGAAGCUCGAUUCCGCCGACAAGUCCAUGGAGUACGGACGCGAUUUCCGGAUCAAGCAUUACGCAGGAGACGUUACGUAUUCUGUGGAGGGAUUUCUAGACAAGAACAAGGACACCCUUUUCCAGGAUUUCAAGCGACUGAUGUAUAACAGCACAGACCCCCUCCUCCAGGAGAUGUGGCCCGAGGGCAAACAGAGCAUCACAGAGGUGACCAAGCGCCCCCUGACGGCUGCCACCCUCUUCAAGAACUCCAUCGUGUCCUUGGUGGAGAACCUGGCUUCCAAGGAGCCCUAUUAUGUCCGCUGCAUCAAGCCAAACGACCAGAAAUCGCCGCUGGUCUUUGACGGGGAGCGCUGCCGUCACCAAGUGUCGUAUUUGGGCUUGCUGGAGAACGUGCGUGUCCGGAGAGCCGGCUUUGCCUACCGGCAGCCCUACAAUCGCUUCCUGCUCCGGUACAAGAUGACCUGCGAAUACACGUGGCCCAACCACCUCAUGGCCUCCGACGGCGCAGCCACCCGGGCCCUGAUGGAGCAGCAUGGCUUCCAGGACGACGUCGCCUACGGCCACACCAAGAUCUUCAUCCGCACGCCCCGGACCCUUUUCGCCCUGGAACAGGAGCGCGCCAACCUGAUCCCCAUCAUCGUGCUGCUGCUGCAAAAGGUCUGGAGGGGCGCCCUCGCCCGCAAGCGCUGCCGGUACCUCCGGGCCAUCUACACCAUCAUGUCCUACUACAGGCGUCACAAAGUGCGGUCUCACCUGCUGGAACUCAUGCAGCGCUUCCAAGCCGCGCGCAGCAUGGCCGACUACGGCAAGAGCGUGGCAUGGCCUGAGCCUCCGGCGGUGCUGGCCCAGUUCCAGGAGAGCUGCAAACUCAUAUUUUGCAGGUGGCGAGCCAGGCAGCUGGUGACGAACAUCCCUCCGUCCGAGAUGGGCCAAAUCAAGGCCAAGGUGGCAGCCUUCGAGGUCUUGCACGGCCUGCGGAAAAACUGGGGCUGCUGCCGAAGCUGGAGACAGAACUAUCUGGUGUUGGCAGAGGAGAACCCUACCUUGGCUCCCCAGUUUGUCAAGCAGGUGUCAGCCCUGAAGGACAAGAUGCACUUCAGCUCGGUGUUGUUCUCCUGCCAUGUCCGUAAGAUCAACCGCUGCAACAAGCGGACGGAUCGAGCCCUUCUCCUCACCGACCAGCACCUGUACAAGAUGGAUCCCAGGAAGCAGUACCGAGUGAAAAAGGCAAUUGCUCUGAGCACGGUGACCGGUGUGAGCGUAACCAGCGGAGAGGACCAGCUGGUGGUCUUCCACCUGCAAAACCAGAAGGGCCUGGUGGUGUGUCUCCACAAAAUGCAGCCGGCCAAUGACAAUCGGGUUGGAGAGCUGGUGGGGGUGCUGGUGGACCACUUCAGAAGGAUCAAGCGGGAGUUGCAAGUGCGGGUGGCCGACUGCAUCCAGCUUAGCCUAAACAGUCGGAAGCGGCUGGUGACAGCGGAGAUGCGCAGCGACAUGAUGGUGCCAGACUUUGCAAAGAGCCGUGAUGGCUUCGUGCUCUACUGGCCCAGGAGAUGAACCAGGAGAAGGAACACGCUGAGGUCUGGGUCCUGAAGAGGGGCAGAAACGGACCGACAGGUCAAGAGUCACGAGUUCUUGCUCCCCUUCUGCACCGCAUCCCUCUUUUUUAUUGUGGCAUUCUGUUAGUGGGGGGGGGAGAGGAGCUGUAUUCAUUUCUAUCCUGAAGUUCUUCCUUCAGUCUCAGUGAUGGAGAAAUGCCGAGCAGGGGCUCCUUAUUAGACAGUCUGGCUUAAACUCCUGCCAUGCACGUAUCCCGAUUAUGGAAUCGACCCAGUGUCCCAAACCAUGGUUCUAAUUCUAACCACGGCUAAGAACCACGCAAGAGCAACACGGCCACCCAAUCCGUAACUCAUCCGAUGAACUAGGCUGCGUGAGCUCAUGGCUGGGUGCUCCCCUGGCACAGCCCAGCCGUGCGGAGCGACAGGAAGCUUCGGGGCAUUGUUCCUCUCUGGAUCCCCCCACAACACACAGUGCCUUUGGUCACCAGUCCAGGCCUCCCACCUGCGGAGGCCCCACCGCCCCCUUUUCUCCACUGCUGAUGAAGGAAGGGUGUUCAGCUGGGAGCCCCCCCCCUGAGCAUCCUGAUGCAGCAGCCCCAGAAGAGGCCCCACGCCCACCCCCACCCCUUUUGCCCUUCCACUGGGGGAAGGAGGGACUGGAUCACUGUCCUAUUCUGACGCCCAUCCAGGGAUCCAGCAACAGGUGAUGGGGAGGAAAAGGUGGGGGA